GGCGGACGGGGUGGGGGCCGGCAUGGGGGCGCUGUUCCGCGGCGAGCGCAUGUGCCUGGCGCAGCUCUUCCUGCAGGCGGGCGCGGCCUACGAGUGCCUCAGCGCGGUGGGCGAGCGCGGCCUGGCAGAGUUCCGCGACCUCAAUCCAAAUGUAAGUGCAUUUCAGAGAAAAUUUGUGAGUGAAGUGAAGAAAUGUGAGGAAAUGGAAAGGAUACUUGGAUAUUUAGUGCAAGAAAUUAAAAAAGCGGAUAUUCCUCUUCCUGAAGGAGACGUUGCUCCUGCUGCCCCUGUGCUUAAACAUGUUUUAGAAAUCCAGGAAAAGUUGCAGAAACUGGAGUCAGAGCUGAGAGAGGUGACUAAAAACAAAGAGAAGCUGCGGAAGAACCUGCUUGAGCUGACAGAGUAUAUAUACAUGUUGCGGGUCACACAAGGCUUUGUCAGGAGAAGUGGUGAGCAUGAACCAUAUAUACCUGCAAAUUAUGAAGAAUUCCCAACUUUGGAAACUGAACCUUUGGUGGACUACAAUUGUAUGCACAGGCUGGGUGCCAAACUGGGAUUUAUAUCUGGUUUAGUUCAUCGAGCCAAAAUUGAUGCAUUCGAAAAAAUGCUAUGGAGAGUUUGCAAAGGAUAUACUAUUCUUAGUUAUGCAGAACUGGACGAGUGUCUGGAAGAUCCAGAUACAGGUGAACCCACAAAAUGGUUUGUGUUUUUAAUAUCCUGUUGGGGUGAACAAAUCGGCCAGAAGGUAAAGAAGAUAUGUGAUUGCUAUCAUUGUCAUGUCUAUCCCUAUCCCAAUACCACUGAGGAGCGCAGAACAGUUAUUGAAGAGCUAAAUGUUCGUAUUCAGGAUCUUCAUACUGUGCUACAUAAAACUGAGGACUACUUACGGCAAGUCUUAUAUAAGGCAUCUGAAUCCAUCUAUACCUGGGUUAUCCAAGUGAAGAAGAUGAAAGCUAUUUAUCAUGUGCUGAACCUGUGCAGUUUUGAUGUCACAAAUAAAUGUUUAAUCGCGGAGGUUUGGUGCCCAGUGUCUGAUCUGCAAAACUUGCGGGAAGCACUUGAGGAAGGAUCAAGGAAGAGUGGAGCUACAGUCCCUUCAUUUGUGAACACGAUACCAACCAAACAGACACCUCCAACUUUGAUACGUACCAACAAAUUCACCUCAGGGUUCCAAAAUAUUGUUGAUGCCUAUGGAGUUGGGAACUAUGGGGAAGUUAAUCCAGCUCUCUAUACCAUUAUCACCUUCCCCUUCUUAUUUGCUGUUAUGUUUGGAGACUUGGGACAUGGUUUUCUAAUGUUCAUCUUUGCACUCUUGAUGAUUGUGUAUGAAAACCACCCUAGACUGCAGCGAUCACAAGAUGAGAUCAUGAAAACCUUUUUUGAAGGACGAUAUGUUAUUUUGUUGAUGGGUCUAUUUUCUAUAUACACUGGCCUGGUCUAUAAUGAUUGCUUUUCAAAGUCGUUAAAUAUAUUUGGUUCGGGUUGGAGUGUUUCAGCAAUGUUUGAUCAGAAGGUUUGGUGUCUUGCUGAUUUGAAGUCUAAUCAGUACUUAACUUUGGAUCCAAAUGUUACUGGUGUGUACAGUGGAAUUUAUCCCUUUGGUAUUGAUCCGAUCUGGAACCUGGCAAGCAACCGUCUCAGUUUUUUAAAUUCUUUCAAAAUGAAAAUGUCUGUGAUUUUUGGAGUGACUCAUAUGACAUUUGGAGUUGUUUUGGGGGUCUUCAACCACUUACAUUUCAGGAAGAAGUACAAUAUUUAUUUGGUUUUUCUUCCUGAGCUUCUGUUCAUGCUGUGCAUCUUUGGUUACCUUGUCUUUAUGAUCGUCUUCAAAUGGUUAGCUUACUCAGCAGAAACUGCCACAACUGCUCCUAGCAUCCUGAUUGAAUUUAUUAACAUGUUCCUGUUUCGCAGUAGUGAGACGCCCCCCCUUUAUACGGGACAGGCUAUUUUACAGCAUUUUUUAUUUGUCAUUGCUUUGCUUUCUGUUCCUGUAAUGCUUCUUGGAAAACCACUUUAUUUGUAUUGGAUGCACAAUGGAGGACGAGGCAUUGGAAUGUACAGGAAUGGCUACAAAUUGGUUCGCAAAGAAAGUGAAGAGGAGCUCUCUCUCUUGAGAUCUCACGAUGUAGAGGAGGGAAACAGUCCUGCAGAUGGUGGCCACCAAGAAGGGGAUGGAGAAGAGUUUAAUUUUGCAGAUAUUUUCAUGAAUCAAACUAUUCAUACCAUUGAAUACUGCCUAGGAUGCAUCUCCAAUACCGCUUCAUACCUGAGGCUCUGGGCACUAAGUCUUGCUCAUGCACAGUUGUCAGAAGUACUGUGGGAAAUGGUAAUGAGAGUGGGCCUUCGUGUGGAUGCAGCAUACGGCAUCUUACUGCUAGUUCCAAUUUUAGCCUUUUUUGCUGUGUUAACAAUAUUCAUCCUUUUGAUCAUGGAAGGCCUUUCUGCUUUUCUUCAUGCUGUGCGACUUCACUGGGUGGAAUUUCAGAACAAGUUCUACGCUGGUGGAGGAUACAAGUUUACUCCUUUCUCCUUUAAAUAUAUUUCUUUAUAUUUUAAUAAAGAUGAUGUCGCAUAGUUUGGUUGCUUGAAAACAGAAAUAUUCAGAGUUGUCUGCAAAUCAUGUAAUUGGAUCUCACUGACUGUAGAGAUUGUUGUAGAAAAAUGUGUUCACUGAUUGCCUUAACGCAGCCAAACAAUUCAGUUAUAUACCUCCAUACAAAUACGUGGCGGAUCUGGAGACUUCUUGUAUAUAGGCAUAAUGUGUACAUUUUUAAAUGAGAAACUAAUGUAACUUAAUUUUAAGGUUAUUCUAAAAAUAACCCCUUUGUUGUUCAUUCUGAAAUAAUUUAGGAAUCGUUUGGUCAGAAGAGACUGUUUUGUUUUCUUUAAUAGCUAAUUUAAAUGAUCUUAAAGGUCUUAAUCUUCUUAUCACAUAAAAUAUUCUGCAUGGCUCAUGUAAUCACUUUCCUGAACUAAAAAACCAACUGAUGAAGUGUGGAAGCUAUUCAGGUUAGGCAAUGUAUGAUUUCAGUAUUCAUUCCAGGAUUGCUAAAAGCAGUAUAAAUCAGUAUAAAGUGUUUAUACCAGUAUGAAAUGCCUUUUUUGCUUUUGUCUAUUUUUUAAAAAUUGCAUCAAAACUUUUUUACUUCAUGCUCUGAAUUCUGCCCAUAAUUAUUGCUCUACUUUUUCCAGUUACCCAAACUCUCAUUUCAUUUGAUAAGAGUAAAAUGAAGGGCAGGGAAAGAAGACUCCCAGCUAUGCUUUUUAUCCCCCUUCCUUGAGGAGUUUAGUGUCACAGCCCAGUUCUGCCAGGUGAUCUGUGUGGAACCCCACUGGCUUCAUAGGGACCGUGCAGACCAUCUUGCAGGAUUAGGGCUUUUGUGUGAUGUAUUUAAAACAGACUGACAUUGUAUGUGUAUUAGAAAUUGCUUUGUUAGGCUGUGAUUCUGUAGUCCUGUUGCAUGCACAAUUCCCAUGCUUAAGGAAUGCAGAAUAAGGAUUUAAUUUAUUUUAUGUUUGCAUUUGCCGUUAAAGGUAUUUAAGGAUUUAACUUGACUGGUUUAUCUGAAGUUGUUGAACCAAAGUUGUUUAUAUAGUAAGUGGAGGGGGGUGGGGAAGGGAAGGGGUGGAGCGAGGGAACCUUUAGUAUAUUUUUAUAGCAACACGAAAACUGGAUGUGUUACCAAUACAGGUUUAACUUCUGUGCCAUAAGAACAACUUAAGAUAAAUCCUACAUUCCUGUUUUCAUAUUAAUUCCAAAUAAAAUCUAACUGGUAUAUUUAGGACCAGUAUUCUGCAA